AUGACGACCGCGGCUGGCUUUGGCCGAUACGACCCGCUGCCCCCCAUCAAUGCUGGCCCUUCGUUGCGCACCUACCGCCCCACCAGGCAGCCGAGCACCAAAGCUAUGAGCAGCUCCUCGCCCGAGAGGGCUCCGCCGCUCAAGCCAAGCGCCACCAUUCAGAAGCCGCCUGCUGCUGCAACUGCAGCCGCCGCCGCUUCGACAUCGCCACGAAAGAAGCAGGUCAAGAAGAAGGGCGCCCACCUGCCAGAGGUGCCGAACGUCAUUGCUGAUGUCGAGAAUGGCGUCGAACACUUGCGAGGACGGCUGCUUGGCCAGGGAGGGUUCGCGAGAGUAUACGAGGUCAGGGGCCCAGAUGGCCGUGCACUGGCUUUCAAGGCGAUCCUCAAGGACACUCUGGUCAACCACAAGAAGAGCAGAUCCAAGGUUCUGGCCGAGAUCUUGAUCCAUCGCUCGAUGGACCACCGCAACAUCAUCAAGUUCAUGGAUCUGUUCCAGGACGAGACCAACAUCUACUACAAGCUCGAGCUGUGCGCUAAUGGGAGCCUCAAUGACAUGAUCAAGGCACGAGGGCGCUGCUUGGAGGAGGAGACUCGAUUCUAUAUGAUCCAGAUCUUGGCUGCAUGCCAGUAUAUGCACAACAACCAUGUUAUCCACCGCGACCUCAAGCUGGGCAACAUCCUUCUCGAUGCAAAUAUGCAUAUCAAGAUUGGUGAUUUUGGUCUGGCCGCGCUUCUCAAGGACCCAGAGGAACGAAAGAGGACUGUCUGCGGGACACCGAAUUACAUUGCUCCAGAGAUCCUCUACCAGGAUCGCCACGGCGAAGGUCACAGCUUCGAGGUCGAUGUCUGGCUUCAUCUGACUCGCUCUUCCAUGUUCAGAUACACGCUCUUGAUUGGACGACCACCGUUCCAGACGGACAGUGUGCAAGGAAUCUACGACAAGAUCAAGCAGAACCAGUACACCGUCCCCGACGACGUGGACCCACUGGCUGCUGAUCUCAUCCGGAGCAUCUUGACCCGCGAUCCUGCCGAUCGACCAUCGCUUAUUGAAAUCAUGAACCACCCUUGGUUCACCAGCGGCCCUAUCCCCCUUCACAUUCCCUCUACCGCCGCACGCUUCCCUCCUCACCUCGGCUUGGUAUAUAAUGAAGAAGAAACGCUCAAGAACAUGGCCACACUCAAGGCCAUGACGGGCUGGCGAGACGAUGCAGAUGACGAGGUGGAAGAAGAAGAGAUGUCCGACGAAGAGAGGAGACGGACGGCGCGGGAGAAGCGCAAGGCUCAAGAAAAAGCAGAAGACGACCAGGAGAGGAUGGACAUCGAAUUCGAGCGUGCUAUCCAGCCAGGCAGCUCUUUGGCCGCCUUCCUGAAUCUGGGUCGACAAUCACUCGUCAAGAUCCCGCAAGGGAGCGCUCCCCUCCGGGCAAAGCAUGCCACCGGUCUCGCUCGACAGCUCAGCGCACUGUCCAUCAGCCGACAGCAAAGUGGGGCAAUGUCAGCUUCGACAGGUGCCAAGGGCGGCGAAGUCGGUGCGGCCCCCGGCCACGGCGACAAGGAGAAUGCGGGCGCGGGCUAUGCGGCCGACUCGAGGCGGAUGCCGCCGCCAAAUGCGUCUCUUCGUUCUCGCAAUGACGCCAUGGGUGCCGAUGAGCGUCGAAUGCUCGGCCAGAAGGCGAGACUUGUUGCCGGCAUGGCCGAUAAUGCGCCCUCGGAGCGCCGUACCGCUCCAGCACCUCCUCGACAAUCCUUGAGCGAUGCCCCGUCUGCAAAGGCUGCUCCUCGAACUUCGAGCAUGGAGCUAGCGGUCCAGCGCAUCACCGAUGCUAUGCAGUGCUUUGAUAACAAGGUCGACUACAUUCCCAUGGAUGCCGAGGGUAACGCCAUCGACAUCUUCACCACCAAUCAGCCUGACAAGCACAAUAAGGUCCGACAGAAGUCCGUCGGACCUAAACGCUUUGUCGUUUGCUGGCUCGACGAGAUGGACCGCUACGGACUCGGCUUCGCCCUCAGUGAUGGAUCGGUGGGCACCUACUUCCGAGACGACUCGGCCAUGUCCGUCAACGCCGCCCGGACACACUUUGACCACAUCUCACGCGCCAAGGCGCGCAGCAAAUUGGCCACUGCCGACCAAGCAACGGGAAGUCUCCAAAAGCGAGAGAACUUUGCAAUCCCGCACGGCUCCGAUGAUCAGGAGACGCAGGAGGCAGCGCGCAAAUGCAUGACCAACGAGAUCGUUCGCAAAUUCAAGAUCCUCAGCUACUUUGAAGACAAAAUCAUGACGCGGCUCGCUGGCGUCGAAUCGCCGCUUAUGGAGCUCGAUGAGGAUAUCACGGCUGGCAUGGCGUUUGUGUGGAAAUGGUACCGGUGCAUGCAGGCUAUCGUCUUCCGGCUCAGCAGCGGAGUGGUGCAGUUCAACUUUUAUGACCACUCCAAGCUCCUCAUCUCGCAGGAUGGCCUGGUUCUCUCGGUCAUCGAGGCCCGGGAAAAGGAAGGAGGAACGCCCGUCAUGUGGACGUGGACCGUGGCCGAAUUCUUUUCCAUUGCGGACAAGGGGCGCUCGCGGCGGGAGCACGAAGCAUUGAAGCAAGCAAACAAGGAGGGCGUGGCCAUGCCUGAGUCGCUCCCCUUGACCACGCACGAGGAGCGCGCCCUCGUCCGACUCAUGGUGCCCAAGGUCCGCUAUGCCCUUGAAACGCUCUCAAAGAUCCUGACCAACAAUCAGUCGCGCUCGACGACGCGGCAAAGCCAAAUUAGCACGCGCUCCUCGACCGAGAUACUCUCGACAAAGAGCGGCAGCACAACGAGCCUCCCUCGAACUGGAAGCGGCCAGAGCCUGGCGAGCACCGCCAGCAAUCGUUAA